GUGCGUGCGCGGGAGUGCGGGAAAUUUAUAUAACGUGACGGUGAUGGGAGAACGUGACUUGCGCCGUAAGUACAACGGAGGAAACCCAAAAGUGAGGGCAUUUGCCAACGUCUGAUUUUAGCUCCCCAACAUUGUGGACAACCCAAAACACAUUUAAUACACGUGAGGUUCCUGGACAUGUGCAUGGAAUUCGGUUCCUUUUAGUAAAGUAUCAGGCACAAAGCCUCUGUCCGUUACUUACUACAUUUUUAAACAAGUACUGCAGUCCGUAAUGUACGGAAUAAACACAAGUUCCCUAUUGCCGGUAUGCUCCUGACCGGUGCGGCCUUGACACGACGUAUAUGUGGCGUUAUAUGGCCGAGCGUUUACGCAUUCUACACUUUCCUUACCCGCGCACUCCACUAGACGUUUCCGCUGCGCUGUUCGAUUACAGGCCCGUUUUCGCUCUUGCUUGGCGCUCGCUCUCCGCGCACGUGACAGGCAGCGGCUUCAAGGGCGUUUCAGGGUCCGCGCGUAACGACGUCGGUGGAGGAGGCGCUGCCUUCGCUCGAUGCUUGGAACGUCGAGCUGUGUUCCGGAGGCGUGCAACUACGGUGAGCCGAACCGGUUGCGUGGCCCCAGUCGUGCCGCGACACACGAAAAGGCAGAGAGAAUUCGCUGGCCGAGGCUGCAGACUUUACGUUGGUGACUCACGGCGGUUCGUUCAACGCUACUGCAUUGCAUCGUGUCGGAAAGCUCUGUUUGCUGCUGUCGUUGGUUUUCACCGUAUUUAUAAAAAGCAAGGGAUGCAUAUGUUCUUUAUUGGGACCACGCCAUCAGUCAGCCUCCAGAAAGCAGAGUUUGUAGAGGAAGUGCUCUCGAGCAGUUCACUUCUCGCAAAGGGACCGGAGUACGGACUGCUACACAACUGGUUGGGAACUGGCCUACUUACAAGUACAGGCAACAAGUGGAGAGCAAGGAGACGAAUGUUUACUCCGGCAUUCCAUUUUCGCAUCCUCGAAGACUUCCGCUCGACCAUAAACACUCAGUCAACUGUACUUGCCGACAAGCUUGGGAAAAUGUGUUCACCCGGCAAGCGCACUGACAUCGUACCGUUGGUCACGCUGUGCACCUUAGACAUCAUUUGCGAGACUAUAAUGGGGACAUCAAUUCGUGCACAACAUAAUGAGCAUUCUCCGUACGUAAAGGCCGUGAACAGAUUGGGAGAGUUGUUUUUACUCCGAAUGCUGAACCCAUUUUUCAGUAGCGAGUACAUAUUCAAGCACAGUUCCAUGGGCAAGGAGUACUACGAUUGCCUGAACACACUCCAUACAUUCACAAGAAAGGUAAUAGAGGAAAGAAAGAAACUGCUGCAAAAGCAAAAUCGCCUAGAAGGUCAGACGGAUGUCGAUAGCGACAAUGUAGAACAACAGAAACGGAAAAGACCAUUUCUGGACCUUCUCCUUACUGAACACUUGAGAGACUCAGCGAGUAUCAACGAAGAAGAUAUACGAGAAGAAGUGGACACAUUCAUGUUCGAAGGGCACGACACAACGGCAAUGGGAAUCAGCUGGGCUUUGUUUUUAAUUGGCCACCAUCCAGCCGAGCAACAGAAAAUACACGACGAAUUAGACGCAAUAUUCGGAAGUGAUAAGCAUCGACCGGUGACGGCCGAAGAUUUGAGAGAAAUGAAGUACCUUGAAAGCUGCAUAAAGGAAGCACAAAGACUAUAUCCAUCAGUCAGUUUCAUGACGAGAACAUGCGAGGCACCAUUUCAGAUUGGAACCGUAACAUUUCCAGUGGGCACCAUUGUGAGAGUGCCUGUGUACUGCCUUCACCGGGAUGAGAAUGUGUUUCCAAAACCGGAGGAGUUUCAGCCCGAAAGGUUUUUCCCAGAAAAUGCGAAAGGCAGACAUCCUUUCGCUUACAUUCCGUUCUCCGCUGGUCCUCGCAACUGCAUCGGUCAGAAGUUUGCCUUGUCAGAAGAGAAGAUUGUCAUCGCUAAUAUACUACGUCGUUUCAAGUUGAAAUCACUGGAUCAGCGGGAUGAAGUCAACGUAGUUUCCGAAAUGGUCCUUAGGCCAAAGAGUGGCUUGAGAAUGCAAUUCACACCCAGGUGAUGCCCAUGAUGAGUUGGAGGAAACAUACAAUAGCCCAUUCCCGUUGAGCUUGUGUGCGUGUGUGUGCGUAUGCGUGUGCGUGCGUGUGUACGCGUAUAUGAGAGAGAGAGAGAGAUUACGCCUUAGAUAAAAUACUUGUGGCAUGGGCGACUACACUGCACGGGUAUAUGCUGGGACCUUCGGCCUACGUGCUGCUGCAUUGCAAUUUGAAAAAUACUAGGUUUUGUGCUGAAAGUCGAUAAUGACAAGAUAAAUAUAAAAGCACGCGGGACAUUCAUAAAUGCCCUAAACACCAGGCUCAAAACUUAUCGUAAUCCGUCGCCUUACACUGUAACAAACUAUGCUGCGAGUACCCGAAAUACAGAUGGCAUGACAUCUGCAUCUUGUUUCAGAUGGCAUCUAAGUCAACACCUGGCCCCAUAUUCACAAAAAGUUCUUGCGCUAGCAUGGUUCUUCAGAGGAAAUUUCAGACAAUCCUGGUGCAGGAGAUAGUAUUAGAGAAGGUGGGCUGCUGACAUCAAAGCGCACGUACAAACGAAAAGCUCUGUCAAUUCGGCCCCUGGUUAUUCGGAUAUUGUUCACAACAUUCGGCUGUGUGUCUACCCGGAUUAUUUUCGUCCUUAUUUGCCCGUCCCUCCCAAGGUGCCCGCGCUCCUUUUACGCACUUCUUGCAGGAACGUCGCUGGCGGCUUCACUAUUAUGCAGACAGGAGUGCGUCGCUCCAGCGCAUCUGUACGUGUAUGUCAAAUAAAACGGGUUCGCAACUACG